AUGCACGACACGGCACAAGAGAAGCACGCACGCAUCUUGCGGCAGGCGUGUGUCUUCGUGGGGAUCCCCAGGCCUGGCCAGAGAUGGGCAACGCGAGCAGCCGGGCGGAAGACCUCGCGGACGCCGACAUCGACGACGCCAACAACGUGCGCCGUGCCUCUUCCUCCUUUGAGGGCUACGUCCGGGGCGAUGGGUCGUCAUUAUCCCCGCCGACGAGCCCACUGAGGCCGCAUUCACCGCGGAUGUUCGUGCCCCAGAGUCCUGUAACUCCGUUGCAAAGAGCUACAGAAAUGCCUCCUCCGGUGUUCAACCAGAUAUUGAUGAAUCAACAAUAGGAGGAUUCUGAUGGCCCGCCUCAAAAGAAAAUUCCCAUGUUGCUCACGUGGACUCUUGGAGGGAGGAAUAUCUACGUAGAAGGAUCAUGGGGCAACUAGACAUCAAAGUUCCGUCGGACCAAAUAUAUAUGUGUUUCCAUUUUCUCC